AUGGCAGGUGCUGGAGUGUCACACACAUGGACACCAGAUCAGAUGUCAACAAGUGACACGAAGCAACAUGACACGCGGCCAGUAACCAGUGCUGCAGCACUUGCCUGGCAUCCUGCCCAGACCAAAGUUGUUAAGCGUAGCAUCCGAAGAGCUUAUGCCAGAUCUCUUCAACAUGGAAUUGCCUGGUAUCGAGGGAAAUGUCUUGUGCCCACUGACUUUCCCCAAGCCCUGAGAGAUGCGCACCAGCCGAUUCCCAAGCCUGUGUCUACUGGACCAUCACCCCAAAGCAUGCAAUGCAAUCGACGCCACAAACCUGCCAGACGUUUUAGCCUCAUGCAAUGGAAUGCUGGAGGACUCUCCAUUCAGCGGCUUGACGCCAUUAAGGUAUGGAUGAUGAACCAACAAAUUGAAGCAGCCAUGAUUGUUGAAACCAGAUGGUCCUAUGAACAUGAGUGGAGUGACGGACAUUUUCACUAUGUGCAUUCAGGAGAUCCAAAUCAUAAGGGAGCAGGUAUGCCUUUCACUGCAGAGGACCUUGCACAGGAACUGAGCCGCAUUCCUGCUGUCAAGGCAGUAGCACGACCGUGCGCCCCUGGAGCAGUGUGGAAAUCCCUGGCGUAUCUGAUUGCUGUUGUAGGCCUCUUAACCAGAGCUGCCCAAAGAGAUGCCCUACCACAGCUGACCAGAAUGCCUUUAUGGGCGUAUUUGCCCGGGCGUUCCACACAAGAUGCGCUCCUGAGAGUACUUCAAGCUGGCCCCACAGCUUGCUGGCUUGACCUGACGUGGCCACUUGCAGCAGACCGACUGCACAGGCCGACCAUGUUUGCACCCAAACAGGAUGCACCUGUGCGUGGACAGAUCCUAUUGUCCUCCACAGACCUGCAGAACAUCACCAGUCAGGAGUGGGGCCAACGCAUUUUGACCAUCGUGGGAUCCAAACACUGGCACCACAUGAAGAAGGAGACAGAUGCUUGCAUGUACCUUGCCAAUAGGUGCUGUUUGUGCGAUCAGUUCCUGGGCAGAACGCAGGAAUUACACAGACAUUACAAGUUGCAUCACCCAGAGUUUUGGCCGCAUGUUCAGACAAAGGGCACACAGCUUACGCACCUACAUGGUGAGGACCCACCUUGUCCCUAUUGCGGAGCCUUGUUCAAUGCCAAUCACCAAUGCACGGUGUGGCUACAAUUGGCAAUGCUACUCAUAUACGGCGGCGGUGUCACCUCGGAGCCUCAGCCUGUGCCAGUGACAUUGCGCUGUGAAAUCUGUAUGGACACUUUUGCAACCAAUGAGGACCUGCAUGCACAUCUCACCAUGACACACCGCCUGAAGAGCACCAGCUACAACGUGGCCAGCCAAUUUGCCAAUGUUUUGCGUGAUGCACAUGUUCGACUGCAGCUCACCUUGCGGAUGGAAGGACAGAUCCUGUUUCCACAUCAACCUUCUGAUGAGGAAUUGACUGCCAUUUUCUCCUUGAAUUUGACCAGACAACAGAGGUUUACGUUGGAAAAGACCAUCACUGACAGAGCCAUCUCAAACUUCUGGACUGCUGACCCGGUUCUGACCAUCCUGAGGGAGACCUGCGUCCUAUGUGGACAACAAAUGCAUCCUGCUGACCUGAUUCCACACCUCUAUGAGGCCCAUCAGUGUGGACAACCAAUUGUGCACUUCAUCAAGACACAGCUGGUAUUCAAGUUUCUUGCACAUGCCACUGAUGAUGGUGAGUGUUACGCAUGCCAGCAGAUUUACAACUGCCCGCGCAACUCUGACUUGAGCCCCAAUGAUGCAUCCCGCACUGCAACUGCUCAAGCACAUUUUCGUGCCCAGUGCCCUUGCGUGCUACAGGGUGCCAUCAUCCUGAGCAAGGCCGCCCAUGGCAGACAUGGACAUGCCCGAAGCCGAGGAAGUGAGCCAACAGGUGUGGGCAGCUUUUCAGGCCAUAGCCCCCCACUCAUGACCGACAAGACGCUGAUCUUGGAACCCAAUGCAGCACCAAAGCGCCAAAGAAAAGGCGAUUCAACACCUCAGCCACCCGGGCACGCCAAGCCCACACAGGGCAACGGAAAGGUGGACCUGGCCCAAGCCAUGACGCUGAUGGCAAAGCUGGCCUUGAGACUAGAUCGGGACCUUCAGCAAUUGAAGCGGGAGGACACCUUCAUCUACUUUUUCGGGCACAAAGGGCCAAACAGCAGUCUGCAGACCUUGCUGGAGGCCACCAAGACCUGGGCGGAGAACUUCCAAGCGCCUCAACCUGCACAACCGGUGCAACCUUUGAGGCAACAUCUCAUGCAGAUCCUCUUCAACACUCUCCUGACACGACUCACCAAGCUGGGGGAAUCGGAGAGGGGAUCGGAGAUUCAGGAAACCGCCAUUCGGAACCAGAUCUUGCUCCCCGAUGGCCAAUGCCCAUACCUGGAAUGGGAUGCAGCACAGAAGCAGUUGAAGAUCAGCCAGCGCCGACCGCUGACCUUGAAACACCUCCAUCAACUGUGCACCGACAUGAUCGAACACCUGGCCGACGUGAACCUGGUGAGUGCCUUCCAUGCCCUGCCCUCGACCAACAAGGAGGUCACGGCCUGGAAACUUCAGAUCAGCCUGCGAGCCGACACACCAUGGCAAAUUUUGCAAACGAUGUCCAACUCGGCAGUGUGGCACCUCAUGGGGACUGCGCUGAAACCCCAUGGACAGAAGCAGAGCCCCCUGGCAAUGAACCUCCAGCAGGCACUUGGCAUGCACAAACCGCCCAAAGGCAAGGGCAAAGGCAAAGGCAAACACAAAGUGGAACCCAAACAGGAGUGA